AUGCUUAAAAGGGCAGUAACAAAGAUGGCGGACGGUUCAGGAUCACAAACAAAUGCUUCAGUCGCGACCUCUGCUCAAAGCAAAGUGAGUGCAGCCAGUAGCCAGCCACAAGCGGCUCAAUCUACGGUUUCUAACACAAAUACAGCAGCGUCAUCUAAUGUAGACACAAAGGUCAGGCACGCUGGAGCAUCUCUGGGGGAAUUUUUAACACAACUGGAAGACUACACGCCGACGGUAAAUUAAGCUUAUAAUAAGUUUAUUAUUAUUGUUGUUAUUUAUUUUCUAAUCUGGUUUCGUUCCCUGUUGUUACCUGUACAUUGUCCUAUUAAGUUAAGGUGCGCUCAUGGUCGUGUUUAGGUUAUUAGGAGCUGAAGCAAUGCAAAGCCAUUAAUGUUUUAAAUGCACAAAUGCAAUGCAUGGUGUAUGGGAUAAUUUUCCCCUCAAAAUGGAUAUACAUUUGACUUUGCAAGAUAUACUUUAAGCACCAUACAUCAGCUGUCCAUAAAGUUUCCAAGUAAAACUGGCAGAAACUUCGCUGUUACGGGACCCCAAUAAUCUGUUAAAUCCCUGGCAAAAAAAAAAUUUCUGUAUGGACUCCAGCUAUCUAGGGUACUUACUGAUAGUCUCGAUAGCGUUCACAAAACAGGGGUUGAUUAUAAUUAUUGUGAAAGUAAUGCUUUGUAGUGUAUGGGUCAGUGCAGAAAUCUAAAAAAGAGUAAGCAACCCAUAUUCUGUAUCAUACAAUGAAGACGUUUAUUCGUCAUCAGGUUAGUAGUAAUAUUUUACACGCCAGCAUUAAGCGUAAACAUACAAUAAACUAAUAUUCUCUUACAACAAUUUCUUUAAGGCGGAUUUCAUUGCUGUUUAAUAAAAUGUAGGCUCUUAUUUGCAAGUCUCUAAAAAUGGCUGGUGUUCUUCUGGCGUGUGAAUGCUUAAUAAGCAGAACCCACGUCGAAGAAUUUAUCUCGAUUUAUGUCCUUCGUUAUUGAGCUACCUCAAACCUGAGAGUUUGUUUUGUUUAUCAUAACAAUGCCACAUGAAGCGAAGCUGUUAUAAUGCAUAACUAAAGAAAAAUCUGUCCCUUCCUGAUGCCUUGGUCUGAUGCAUGUACGUGUCGAUGCGUUCGAGCUGAUGCAUCCAUGCGUCUGCAUCGUGCCUGCGUUCUUUGUUUAAUUCUGGCUUGCACUGUACCUGCUAUUCAGUGUGUGAUCAGCAAGAAAAUUUUUCAGAGCAGUUUGCUUUUCAGCCAGGCGAAACUGCCAUUUGAGUCAGUGAAGUGCUUGCCUCUUACUCAACACUUAGGUUUUAUAAUAUUAAAGAAUAACCUUAAAAGUUAAGGCCUUUGCCCCCUGCUACACAUGGACAGUGUACUCCAACCAGUUAUCCUGCCUUCUACCUUAAAACAUUUUGACUGUGCUGUUCAGUUAGCUUUCUCCUAAGCCCUUCCAUUGUUAAUUUUAGCUACUGAGUGUGCUAAACAGACUUAUCUUACACCCUCAGAUACCAGAUGCUGUUACAGCAUUUUAUUUAAACCGGUCAGGAUUUGACACAACAGAUCCAAGAGUGUAAGUUAUGAGUUCUGUCUUAUAAAUUUUGUAAGUGUUAACAGUGUUGAUUUUAAGGAGUAAUAAGUUUCAGUUUCAGUUUUUUUUUUAUCAUCACAAAAAAAAAAGAAUGUAAGAAUACAGAAAUGAACAGUAGCAUAUACGGCUCUAGAUAUUGGGCUCCCUCACAGUAUAAAAGUAUAAGUUAAGGCCAGGAUUGAGCAUAUAUUGAGUAAUUAAAUGACAUUGAUAAAAAGUAAAUAACUAAUAUAAAUAUUUAUAAUUAUAGUAACAAACGUACAACGUAAAUAAUGGAAAGCUAUGAAGAAAACAAUAACUAUUUACAAGGUUUAUUAUUAAUGAUUCUCAUAGAAAUAUUUACGAAGUUUAGAUUUGAAUGAGGAGAGAGAAGUAGAAUCUUUGAGCUCAUUUACUAAAGAGUUGUAACAAGGUGGUCCUUGGAAACUCACAAACAAAUUACGUACAUUGUUUCUACAGAAAGCUAAAAAUCAAUACAGUCAUUAUCAUUAUUACAGCAUUACACAUCUCUAAUGUAAUAUAUUAUUAUUGUGGUUUUUUAUUUCCCUUCUCUGUAGAGUGAGAAUGAUUUCCCUUGCUGCUCAAAAGUUUGUAUCAGACAUUGCAAAUGAUGCCCUUCAACACUGCAAGAUGAGAGGUUCAGGGCAAAGUUCUAGAAAAUCAGGCAAAGUAAGUCAGUUUUAAUUUUCAACAACAAUUCAUUUGAAAGAUUCCUUUGCCUGAUGAGCUCAUACUGAAUACAAGUCCAGUACUACCACUUCAAGAAACACAGCCUUAUUUCAAUGAUGCAAUAAUAAUGUUUUAUAUGGCUGUCACGAAGACUUCAAGUUGCUGGGUAUAUGCAAUAAUUGCGUAUACCCCAGCAACUUGAAAUCUAGGGGCUGGUGGCUGGGGAAUUUUACCUUAGCUACUAAGAGCAUGACCCUCUGUUACUUUUGUAGGAAACAAAAGGGUAUAUUAAAAAUAACUAAAAGAACUUCCUAGCUGUCGAAUCCCCUGCCUACUAUUCAAUAUUUUUUUAAGUGAGAUAAUAAUUCUUUUAUUAUUAUUAUUAUUAUUAUUAUUAUUAUUAUUAUUAAUAUUAUUAUUAUUAUUAUUAUUAUUAUCAUUAUUAUUAUUAUUAUUAUCAUUAUUAUUUUCUCUUUUUCUUUAACCCUCCAUUCUAUUGACAUUUUAAUUAGCCCAUGUAUAUGUUACUUUGCAGGACAAGAGAUACACACUGACAAUGGAAGACUUGACCCCAGCACUGAGUGAAUAUGGAAUAACUGUCAGAAAACCCCCGUAUUUUAUUUGA